AUGGUUCACGCACACGGUCACCAUGGGCAUAAAGCCCACCUUGAGCAGCGCGAUCCUGAACUUGAACAGCGAGACCCCGAUGGAAUCACUGUCUACGUCACGGCAGACCCGACCUUCGAAGGCGAAAUAGGUGGAUACUCCACUUCGGGGCAGGAUGAUGAACCGGCUACCAGGACCAACGUUGGGGUGGGAGCGCCUGUCCAAGCAACUCAAACCAAGACAGAAGAGGACAAGCCUACGGAGACAAAAACACAAGACAAGGACGAUGAUGACAAGGACGAGGACAAGACUACAACAGAAGAGGACAAGCCGACUCGAACUACUACUGAAGAUUCCAAACCUACCGAAGUCAAGACUACCAGCACCACAACAACCACCGCUACGGAUGACGCUGACGCUGACACAACGUCGAACACGCACACCACUCUGGCGACUCUCACAUCGAGCGCAACUGAUUCCGAUAGUGCUCCCACUUCCAGCUUCAUUGCUGACCAGUCCAGUGAGACGGGCUCUGGUGCAAAUACUGUUGACUCUGGGUCUGACGGUCUCACUGGAGGUGCCAAGGCAGGAAUUGCGAUUGGUGUGGUUCUCGGUGUUGGAGCGAUUGCUGCUUUGAUCUUCUUCUUUAUCUGGAAGAAGAAGAAGCAGCAACAGCAAGGCGAAGGACUCGAAGCAAACGAUGCCUCAAAUGAGAAAUAUGCUGCCUAUAACAACCCACCACAGCCCCAGGCACCUCCGCCUAGCAACCAGCCCAUGACUGGAGGUAAUGCUCCUCAACUCAAUGUCCGCCCUAUCACCCAGUUUGCUCCCGACUUGACUCCAAUCCAAGGUGGUUUUACGCCCACAUCUUCAAUCGGCACCGCUGCAGCCCUUGCGCCUGCUGGUGCCUCUCAGCGUAACCUCACUGGCAACUCUCCACCCCAAACACCCCAGAACCAUUCACCCGAGUCUAGUGUCAGCGGUCGUGAUCCUUUCGGCGACCCUGUUAACCCCUUCGGCAGAGAUGCAGAGGUCGGCGGCUCUCCUGUUUCUGCUAUGACUCGUCCUUCCACUGCCGGUAACCAGCCAGAGGUCCCAGUGUCCCCUGAAGCUUCACCUGCUUCACCUGCUGCACCUGCUGCACCUGCUGGAUCUGCAGCUGCGGCUGCGGCUGUGGGUGGAGUUGCCGUUGGUGCUGCCGCUGCCACUGCUGCUCACAAUGCCGACAAGGAUGCCCCUAGUCGUCCAGGAAGCGCUGAUUCGGAAGCCUCGUCGAUACCUGCUCCCACGGCUCCUAAUUCCAAUGUUGUCGACCCUGCCCUAGGCCCCAUGGGUGCAGUUCCGCCUCCUGGUCCCGGUUCUCCCGCAGCACCAGCCAAUGUUCACCGCGUGCAGCUGGAUUUCGUACCUUCAAUGGAGGAUGAACUGGAGCUCCGCGGUGGUCAGCUUGUCAGGCUUCUACAUGAAUAUGAUGACGGAUGGGCUCUCUGCGUGAGACUGGACCGUUCGCAGCAAGGAGUUGUUCCUCGGUCCUGCCUAUCGGCUCGUCCGGUGAAGCCUCGAACAAGACCCCCUCCCCCCGGAGCCGGCCCUGGCCCCGGGCCCCGUGGACCUCCAGGACCCCAAGGCUCUCCGAUGAUGGGACCACCGGGCCGCACGUCGCAAUCCCCGCGCUUCUACCCCGGAGAUGGCGGCAGACCCGCCUCUCCAUCUUCGCGUCCUAUGUCUCCUGCCCACAGUGGCUACGGACCUCCUCCGCAUGCUCAGCCUAGAGGCCCGAUGUCACCCGGCCAAUUCCCGGCAGUUCCAAGGUCACAAUCUCCAGGUGGACCUCGACAACCGCCACCCCGUUCAAUGAGCCCAGGACCAUACGGUCCUCCCGGCUUACAGAGGCCGGAUAUGCCAGCUGCCAACCAACGCCAGCGUAGCAACAGUACCGGUGCUCCUCAACGAGUUUCCCCCGGACCCGGCUCAAGUCCCCUAUCCGGCCCUACGGCACCACCACCAUCAAGUGCACUUCCGGCAAUUCCGACAAACCCUGCACCACCUGCAAACGACGCUUAA